AUGGUUCGCAUAGAUACCAUCCGCGAGUCCAACGCCCAAGGCGCACAGCUGCAGGACUUGGUCGUCGUCUUCGUGGGUGGUACCGGCGGCGUGGGCGAGAGCACGGCAAAAGAGCUGUUCAUACGGACAACGCGGCCGCGCGCCUACAUCGUUGGAAGGUUUGUCUCCUCCAUCUCCUUUCUUCCCUCGCUCACAGCAGCCUCAAUCCACUGACCUCUACGCACAGGAGCCAAGACAAAGGCAAGCGAGUCUGCAAUGAACUCCAAGAGCUCAACCCAGACGGCAAGGCCUUCUUCAUUGAAAAGGAUAUCAGCCUCAUGCGCAAUGUCGACGAGCUCUGCGCCGAGCUGAUGCAGCGCGAAUCCAAAAUUCACUGCCUAUUCCUGACAGCUGGCUUCAUGACGCUGCGCGGCCGGAGCGAGACAGCCGAAGGCAUCGAUCGCAAGAUGGCAGUCAACUAUUACUCCCGAAUGCGCUGCAUCAUGGGUCUCAUGCCUCUCCUCACAGCAGCCUCCAACGACAACGAACUCUCGCGCGUCAUCACCGUCCUCGCCGCCGGGUCGGAAGGGGAAAUCCGAGUCGAUGAUCUGGAACUUCGACACAACUUCACCCUACACGCGUGUCUCGCGCACUGCGUCGUCAUGACCGACUUCUGCAUCGAAGAGUUCGCCAAACGCUUUCCAGGCACCUCCUUCAGCCACUCCUACCCAGGCACAGUCAAGACCGGAAUCGCAAAUGAGCUGAGUGGGCCCGUACGACUUGCGGUCAAGGUCCUGUACGCCGUGAUGACGCCAUGGAUAUUGAACGUACAAGAGUCCGGCGAGCGUCACUUCUUUCAAAUGACCAGCUCCUGCUACCCUUCACGCAACGGCUCCGCGGGCAUCCCCGUCCCCAAAGGAUUCUCAGCCUUUCGCGGGUCGGAUCACCGUCCGGGCAGCGGCGCCUACCUCCUCGAUUGGGACGGCAAAUCCGCCGGCGACGAGAGCUUUCUCCAGAAAUACCGCGAAAUGAACCUGGGGCCGAAGAUCUGGGAGCACACCAUGCAGAUCUUUGAGAGGGCGGACCAGAUGUCACGGAAGGAUUCGAAGCGCCCUGCGGAGGGCGAGGCGGAGGGCGCAGGACGUUCAAUACCCAACCCCAUCGGCUGGAGGCCUGCUUCCUAG